AUGAUUCGUUUACGAAAACUACUCUCAGUUUUUUUUCAUUUCUCUAGGAUAGUGUUUGAUAGGUGGAUCGAGAUCGAGCUGCUGGAUCCAGAGGCUGCACAAAGGUCUCUUGCCGCUGCGAUCUGGCUCCGUACCAGUCUUGACCGUCUCCUUCAAAUCAAACUGGAAGAGUUGCGAGGCCGUUGGCUAAGAUGUGCGGAGGAGAGUGGUGAGGACAACUUGGUAGAGAAGAUGGCCACAGAUCUGGCCCCCUCCACUGACUGCUCGACUCACACCAGUAAACGUGUCUCAGAGUGGCGACGCUUACAACGCCUAUUGUGCGAACACCUUGCGGCCUUUCUGGGCCAGCAAACCUCUGGAUUGCACACUCUGCGGAAAUUGAGCGCUGCCGAUUCUAAAAACCUCUUUCGUGUGUCUUCACCCGAUGGCAAUGCCAAUGCACUUCCGUCACUUCCCUCUUCAGAGUUUAACGUUGUUCGCGUCAAUCCUGAGAAAGGAGGAUUUCAGGUUACUGCAUUUCUCACUAUAAAUUCACUGCGUGCAGAUGCACCAAAAGCCAAACUGCCGCACAGUGUAACUGCUGACAAUAUCGAGGACUCGCAGAAUCUGGAGAGUGAGGAUGAAGGGAAUGGAGGCGAUGAUGCAACAACAGCAAAUCUAGAGUGUCUGGAUCUAGCUCUGCGCCUACAUAAGCAAGUUGCGUUGGCUCAGGAGGCGGGUCGGAGCAGCGAGUUUGCUCAACUUCGCGAAAUGGAGGUGCCAAAGAAAGAUGAAAGUGGCGAAUGUGGAAGCGAGUUCAUCGACGAAAACCAAGCAGUGAAUAGAUGCGAACAUUGUGGUGAACGGCUCCCCAACAAACCUUCGGCCGCUGACCUUCUGAGACAUAAGAAACACUGUAAAGGAAGAGCAUCGUAG